UCUCUCCGCUUUCUUAUUUUCUCUCUCGCUUUUCGGGUUCCUACAUCGAUUCUCUCUAUAACUAUACGCAACAGAAGAAUCCUUUCUCUCUCACUUUUUUUCUCUCGGCGGGCCUGAUUCUCCGCCGAUUCUAGGGUUUUCCAUUUCCCUCUCUCUGCUGCCUCCGGCUGAGCGUAGCUCGGUCCACCACCGACACCCCCUCCUCUUCCAACUCGCUUCCGUCCGGCUUUAGGUACCGUUCGCCGAUUUCGUUUCUUGUUUCUAUUCCUCUCUUGCAUUCGUCGGCGGAGGUGGAGUUUCCUUACGGACCUCGCCGAGUUCGAUUUUUCUCGUCUAUUUUAUGUUCUGUUACGUUUUUCAACGAUUCCGAGCACCGCCGCUCUUUGACUUUCUCGGCUCGAGUGAUUUUAUUGAUUUCUGCCGUUUCUUUGUUAUUGAAGGUAUACCUGCAUUCCGGCUGCCGCCUUCCUGUCGCCGGCGGGAUCUAAAUUCUCGCCUCUCGUUUUAGGUGCGUUAUUCUUCGUUUCUUGAUAGGUUCGGUUUGGUUCCCGCUGGUAUAUUGUUGCUAUGGAAAAUGUAUUGAUUUCAUUUCCUCCAUUAUUUGACAACUGAUUCUAUACGCGUUUCAUGGCUGCACAGUCUUCUCCCCGUGUUCAUGGCGUCUUUUUCCUUUUUCUUUUUUUUCCCCCUCUCCCAGCAGUUGCAGAUUCAUUGUACGGUUUUAAUUGUUUCUAUUUGACCGAUUGUUAAUUAAGUUCACGGGACUUAAGUUUGGCGGUUUUGCCGUUUUUAUUUUAUUUCAAUCUCUUUCAGCUUUUCCUAACCGUGAAAAGCAAGAUAGCUGCUUCGAUAUUGACGCUUAUUGUAUUGUCUCGUUCCCAUCAUGGAGCUGUGUUAUUGAUUGAUUAGUCCUUGAUUUUGUUUAUAUCCUUGAUUUUUUUCCUUAAAACGAAUUUUAGUUUUUUCAUGGUCUCAUCACCAUUUAUUCUUCAAUUACUCAACCCUACAUAACUUUAGUAUGGACAUAUGUCAAUUUCCACAAGUAAUUGUGGAAUCUUGACGUGGACCAAAUCCAAUAAACCUGCUAGUUGGCGGAAUUUCAUGGAUAUUAAAGAAAAAACCCUUGAUGGAAGCAUGUCCCUGCACCAUAAUGUUCUUUCUUCUCUUCUUUUUCAUUUAAGUGUUUUUUUAUAUAUAAAUUCUCUUUUCAUUUCUACCAUUGAAGAAUAUGGAGCUGUAUAUAUAGCACGGCAGAAUGUGUGAUAGCAACAAACACAUGAGUGAUUUCUUGGCGUACUUGAGAAAUUUUUUUCUGCAUUCAAUAUGGUUCAUAUCAUCUGUGAAUCCAUUUUUAGGCAUUGGGUCCAUGUUCGUAAAUGAUUCCCAUGCUCAUCAUGGUAGGCCCGUCUUGUGUGGUUGCAUAUGGUAUGCCUGCAUCCCACUAUUGUGGGGCUCCAAAGCUUUUUAUGUAAACAAACCAUGAAAGAAAAUUUCUAAUAAUUUCUCUACCAGACAUCCUAUUUGUGGGCCUAGUUUUAAAGCCACUCAGUGUUUCUCCAACAUGUGUAUAUAUAUAUUUUUGUUGCUCGUUCAUUCCUUUCCAAGCUGUGGCAGAUUCACAAUCUGUGUGUACGUAUGAUUCUUUUCUCUCUUGAGCUGUUCGUUUAAUGGUACUCAUUUAGCACUAGAUGCAUUUUCAUCAUACUUUCUACCUGAACAUGGGGCAUGUUGCUUACCCUUUUAUUACUAGACGACCCUUUGGAGUUGGGUUGGUUGGUAUGGGAGUAAUGGCUUCUCUACUCUACUCUACCGGUAUCUAUGUGAACAGUAAUUUACCUGCCUCUUUCAUGAAUUACUUUUUGACCGGCAAGAAUGAUGAGUUUACAGUAGGAUUUUCUUUUUGUACUGAGGCUGUUAAAGCUCAAGUUGGCAAGGGUCAAGGCUGGUGCAUGAGAAAUAUGGAAAUGGAGCACACAGUUUUGUCUAAUGUUUUGCGUUUCCCUGAAAAUGACUAUUUCAUGGUUGUGAUUACUACUGAGCAAGAAAAGUAGAAAGGGCUAUGAAAGGCCAUGGAAGGUGGAUCAAUAUGUUCUUUAUGAUUUUCAUAACUUUAUGAUUUUAUAUUCUGUUCUUUGCGGACUAUCAAGUUCUUUGUUGGUAGAGCCUGGAAUGAUUUUGCUGUUUGGUAAUCAUUGCAGAAGCUUGAAGAUUUCAAGGGGCCCUGAAUUGUGGAAUCGCACAUAAUCUUCCAUAGUAUUCUCGAACGCAGUUUUAUUUACUUCUCAACUAAUACGCUGAAAAGGAGAUGAGACCAUUUAGGUAACAUCUAAAUACGUCGAAUCUGUUCACCGUUUUGGGAAUUUUAUUGUAUCUUACUAGCCUUGUUAUUCAGUAUACUAGAGUUCUGCCAUUGAUGGACUGCUUGCCGAGCAUCUGUGACAAGAAAUCCUUGAAGAGGUGGUUUUUCAUUGACAAGACGGUUGGGUGAACUAGUUUUCAACUGUCAAGUACUAAUUUUUCGUGGAACUCCAAGGGUUGGAACUGUUGGCUUAUUUGAUCUGUAUACUCAAAAGCCGGGCUCACGGAUCCUUGUGAGAUGGACCUUAAAACAAAUCACGCUGCUCCAGUUCUCACUGAUUCUGCACCCAUAGCCCAGUCAAGGUUGCACUCUUCCUUGUUACAUUGCACCACCGCCUCUAGAGCAGCAUUCUCGCCAAAUCUGUUACUAACUGUUCCAAGGAAGAAAGCUGGGUUACUGGAUGAUGUACGAUCCAGCAGCUGGCUGGAUGCUAUGAAAGCAUCCUCACCACCUCCUAAGAGGGUAACCAAGGAACAGAACAAUGAUCAUACAUCACCUGAUGACAGCGGCUACUCUAACUGGCUGCUUAAAUAUCCGUCAGCUCUAGCAUCAUUUGAGCAAAUUGCAAACUUUGCAAGAGGGAAACGGAUAGCAUUGUUUCUGGAUUACGAUGGGACUCUUUCACCCAUUGUCGACAACCCUGACUGCGCCUUUAUGUCUAAUGAUAUGCGAUCCGCUGUCAAAAAGGUUGCCAAAUAUUUCCCAACAGCCAUAAUCAGUGGAAGAAGUCGUGACAAGGUGUACGAGUUUGUAGGUCUAACUGAACUAUACUAUGCCGGUAGUCAUGGGAUGGACAUAAUGAGUCCCGUUAGGGAAUCGGCUCCUGCUGACUAUGCAAAUUCUAUACGGUCCACUUGCAAGCGGGGUAAAGAAGUUAAUCUGUUCCAGCCUGCUAGUGAAUUUCUACCCAUGAUUGAUGAGGUGUUCAAUUCCCUUGUGGAGAGCACUAGAGACAUAAAAGGAGCUAAAGUUGAAAACAACAAAUUCUGCGUCUCCGUACAUUACCGAAAUGUAGAUGACAAGUAUUGGGACGCGGUGGCGCGCUCUGUAGACAAAGUGAUUAAAAACUAUCCGAAGCUACGGCUGACACACGGAAGAAAGGUUCUGGAGGUGCGACCUGUAAUUGACUGGGACAAGGGGAAGGCUGUGACAUUUCUUCUCGAAUCUCUCGGCCUGAACAAUUGCGAUGACGUUCUUCCAAUUUACAUUGGAGAUGACCGGACUGAUGAAGAUGCAUUUAAGGUGUUGAGGGAGAGGAGGUGCGGCUAUGGGAUUUUGGUGUCAUCUGCGCCCAAGGAAAGCAAUGCAUAUUACUCCCUUAGAGAUCCAUCUGAGGUAAUGGAAUUUCUCAAGUCGCUGGUGAUGUGGAAGAAAGUGAAGUGCUCUAUCGGUAGUGAAGUACUCUGAGUAGUUCGUUUAUUGUUCUUAAGCAAAAGAGUAGUAGAAUAUGAAGAAAAAAGAAACGAAAUGAUAUUAUAUUAUAUAGAAGAGAAUACGCUGACAUACUACGUAAGUUCGCAUACACUACGUUGUGAAGAAGGUGAAGGAGAAGAAGGAAAGGAAGCGAGCCGUAUAAGUUGUUUGUUUGAGCAGCAGCAGCCUUCAACGGCGGUUUUGUGGAGUGGCUAGCGGGAAUACGACGGCGGCUUGUCUCUCUGGUGGAGGUUCAGAUGGCAUGCUUUUAUGUUGCUCGUAACUUGGCGAUCUUAAUUCAUUUUGCUGUUCGUUUGGGGGGGAAAAGGAAGUGUAUAUUCUAUUCUUUUUUUCUUAUUAUCAUUUCUUUGUUGCUAAUGACGUUGAUUCGGUAAUAUAAUUAAUUGUUUCUUUCUAAGGGUGUUGGGAUUCAGUGGCCGGAGGCAGGGUCUUUUGGCCUUGUCCCGGGACAGGAGUAAAUUUCGAUGGAACAA